UGACGCUGAUUAAACAGGUGAAGCAGGAUCUUGUAAUUGCUGGUAUUUCGCGUUUGCUCUCCGAUCGAUUAAGAGCUCGUGGACUUCAGUAAAGCUUCUGCUUCAGUGGGCAGGAUUUGAAAGCAGGGCUGCUCUGUCACCAUGUUUGACCUGAAGAAGAGGAAUAGUUUGACUCUGAGGGACAGCCGCGGGACGGAGGAGUUCAGACGAGUGGCGGUCAGACGGAAAGUCCAAGGUCCUGUGGGUGACUGUCAAACCUCAGAUGUGAGCAGUGGUGUGAGGGGUUCAUACAACGGUGGCCAUGCUCAUGGCAGAGUUUCUGGAUCAGAACUGAUGUCAAAAAUUGGUACAGAAAAAGAUGAUGAGAAAAGCCCAAUGAAGAGAUCACCUUUUAAACCCCAAGUGCCUCCUAAACCAGAUCACCUCCAGAGCCCUGUUUUCUGUUCACGCCUAACAGAAGAAGCAGGUCGAGGCUCAUUUCCUCCCGAGGUGAUAAGAAAUAUCUUUGCGAACAUUUCCUCAAUCUACUCUUUCCACAGCCAGUUUCUGCUGCCUGACCUGGAGAACUGCAUCACACACUGGUGUAAGAGCCCAGGCCUGGGUAAGGUUCUUCUACAGCACGCACCCUUCCUGAGGAUGUACGCUGACUACGUCAGAAACUUCGAUCAUGCAAUGGAGCUGGUGAGGACCUGGACCGAACGCUCCUCUGCUUUCAGAAACAUCAUCCAGGACAUACAGAGUCGGGGGAUCUGUGGCAAACUCACCCUGCAGCACCACAUGUUGGAGCCAAUCCAGAGGGUUCCACGUUAUGAGAUGCUGCUGAAGGAUUACCUGAAGAAACUGCCUGAAGAUGACCCGGAUUAUGAGAUUACACAGAGCAAGUUGUCUUUUAACAACUUCCUGCUGUGCUGCUCUCCAAAGUUCAGCCUGGUCGGGCAGCGUUUCACUGUGCGCUGCAGGAUCGGGAUGGAUGGGAUGCAGGUGCAGCAAACCACCAACGAGGACCAUCCAUACAGCUUCCAAAUAUCUGGAAGGGAAAGGAUCCUUGAGCUGCAGGCCAGCUCCAAGCAAGAUCGGGAUGAAUGGAUAAAGGUGAUUCGUGAAGCCAUUGAUGUGUUUCAGAAGAAAAAUGAUACCUUCAGACUGGCUUCUAGGGAGCUUACUGUAGCAGAACCAACAGAGGAGCUCGGCAAACGAGCCCCUCGCUGGAUCAGAGACCAUGAGGUGAUCCUGUGUAUGUCCUGCAUGGAGCCUUUUAACGCCCUUACUAGAAGAAGACAUCACUGCCGUGCCUGUGGUUUUGAUUUAAAGCCCCUGUUCACUAUACCUCUACUGGGCUGCAGCGUAGAGGCUUUCCCCCAGGCGUUUCAGGGUCAGUCCUGCUUCUGUCUGACCCAGUCCAAAACCCGCCACACUUUCACCUGCGAUUCUCUGGACAUCAAACGCAGCUGGCUGAGUGCUCUGAAAGUGGCUGUGACAGGAUGGCGUACAGCAUGCUCACUGGCUGUUUGUGACAACAGCAGAGGAAUCAGGUCUGGCAUUAAUGGGAGUCUCAGUGGUGAGAACUUUGUAGUCAGUGGCAACAAGGACCAUCGCUCUUGAAUGUUUGCAGUGUGUCACGUAUGCAACAGCAGAACAAAUGUCCAUUGUUGGAAAAUGAAAGUUCAGGAAUAUAAAGGUUACAGUACUCUGAAAACUGUGUCUUUAAAAGUGUUGUGCACUUUAUUUCAGAAAUGGUUUACAGUAAAAUAAAUAAAGUGUUUUAACGUGA